GUGGUGCGGCAGCAGGGAACACAGCUCUGCGUUAGAAAUACCAAGUUUGUUACAUCUGCUGCUCCAGGAGGCAUCAACAGAUUUGGGCUGGCAGCAGAUGUGUUCUUCAUAACAUUUACAGGUAAGUGUAGAUGCUGAAUGGCUCUCAUGUCUCUUCAGUAAACGGUGAAGGACCAGAGAACAGGACGGGAACUGUGCUGCAGGCUCUGGAGUACCAUGCUACCCCGCAGAGCAGUCAGUGUGUGCUAUGUGCUUAUGUUGGUGCUGUAUCUGUCUGCGGCUGAGGACUUCGACUGGACAAAGAACAACCACGACUCCUUCUAUUAUGGCACUUUUCCAACUGGAUUUUCAUGGGGUGCCGGAAGUUCGGCCUAUCAAACAGAAGGAGCCUGGGACAAAGAUGGGAAAGGACUGAGCAUCUGGGAUGUGUUCAGUCACAAGAUGGGCAAAAUCCAACAAAAUGAUACUGGGGAUUCCUCCUGUGAUGGAUACUACAAAUUCAAGGAUGAUACAUCUCUGAUGAAGGAGCUGAAGCUUAACCAUUAUCGUUUCUCCAUCUCCUGGCCCAGAAUUAUUCCCACUGGUGUAAAAUCUGAUCAUAUAAAUGAAAAGGGAAUCCAGUACUAUGAUGAACUAAUUAACCACCUACUAGAGAACAGAAUCACUCCCAUUGUUACUUUGUAUCACUGGGAUCUUCCUCAGGUCUUACAGGAGAAAUACGGUGGAUGGCAGAACAUAAGUAUGAUCAAUCAUUUUAAUGAAUUCGCCAACCUGUGCUUUGAGAGAUUUGGCAACCGAGUCAAGUACUGGAUCACUUUCAACAAUCCGUGGUCUGUAGCAGUUGAGGGCUACGAGACGGGCGAACACGCUCCAGGACUGAGGCUCAGAGGAACGGGAGCUUACAGAGCUGCACAUCAUAUAAUUAAGGCACAUGCUAAAGUUUGGCACACUUAUGACACCCAGUGGAGGGGGAAACAACAAGGUCUGGUUGGCAUCUCUUUGUCGGGGGACUGGGGUGAGCCCGUGGACAUCAGCAACCAGAAAGACAUCGAAGCAGCUGAGAGAUAUGUCCAGUUCUACCUGGGCUGGUUUGCCACACCUGUCUUUCAUGGAGACUACCCUCAAGUAAUGAAAGACUUUGUCGGAAGAAAGAGUGCCCAGCAGGGACUGGGGACGUCUCGGCUGCCCACGUUUUCUCCACAGGAGAAGAGCUACAUGAAGGGGACCUGUGACUUCCUUGGCAUAGGUCACUUCACCACACGUUACAUCACCCAUAAGAGCAACCCGUCAGGCCGAAGCAGCACCAGCUACUUCACUGACCGUGACCUGGCAGAGCUGGUUGACCCGCGGUGGCCCGAUCCUGGAUCAGAGUGGCUCUACUCCGUGCCCUGGGGUUUCAGACGCAUGCUAAAUUUUGUCAAGACUCAGUAUGGAAACCCCAUGAUUUAUGUGACGGAGAACGGAGUCUCUGAAAAGAUGUCGUGCACAGAGCUGUGUGACGAGUGGAGGAUACAGUACUAUAAAGACUACAUCAACGAGAUGCUAAAAGCUAUCAGAGAUGGGGUCAGUGUGAAGGGCUACACUGCCUGGUCCCUGCUGGACAAGUUUGAGUGGGAUGAAGGGUACUCUGAAAGGUUCGGCUUGUACUAUGUGGACUUCAGGAGUAAAAACAAGCCUCGCUACCCCAAAGCUUCAGUUCAGUUUUACAAACGCAUCAUCAGCUCCAACGGAUUUCCAAAUCAGAGAGAGGUUGAAAACUGGAAGAGGAAGGCCGUGGAGACCUGUUCUUCUAGCAAUCAGCUGUUAGCUGCAGAGGAACAGCGGAGUACUGCUGCCAAUAUUCUAAGACUUAUACAUGACCCGUUGACCAGCCACAUGGAGAUGGUAACAGAGAUCGUUGUUCCCACUGUGUGCACACUCUGCAUUUUGCUCAGUGCCAUCUUCCUCAUGUUCCUGCUGCGAAGGAGGAACUAACGCGUGUACAGCCACCAAGGUUGACACAGUCUGUACAUCUGAAUGCAUGCAGUGGAAGUUUACAUGAAGUGUUUGUGUGAGGAUGAAUACAACUUUUGAGGUGAAUUCAAAGACUUGGCUUGAUUAAUCUGAUGUGCUACACUGUUUGCUAAGAAAAAUAAAGAAAUAC